AUGAACAAACACCCUUACUUGAGUUACUCCAACAACAACACCUUAAACCCUUUGCUGCCCAAUCCUCAACAACAACAACAACCAAGGAAGUCUCCAGGUCUUGAGGAAACAAUGAUGAAUUUCAUGAAAAUGACUCAAAGUAACUUUGAAGAAAUGGAAAAAAGUCAAGACCUUGAAAGAAAGAACAAUGAAGCCUCAAGAAAAAUGCUUGAAACACAACUUGGGCAAUUAGCUAAGCAGUUGGCUGAACAGAACAAAGGGGGAUUCUCAGGUAAUACUCAAGAGAAUCCUAAGAAUGAAACUAAUUGCAAUGUUAUUGAGUUAAGGAGCAAGAAGGUUUUGACACCUUUAGUUCCAAAAGUUCCCAAGAAAGUUGAUGAAAAUGUUGUGGAGUCUAAAAGCCAAAUUUUGAAGGAUGGGGAUAAACCACAAAUUAUCCCAUCUUAUGUGAAGCUUCCAUACCCUCAUCUAGCCAAAAAGAAGAAGAAGGAGGAAGGACAGUUUAAGAAAUUCAUGCAACUCUUUUCACAACUUCAGGUGAAUAUUCCUUUUGGUGAAGCUCUCGAUCAAAUGCCGGUUUAUGCAAAAUUCAUGAAAGAAAUGUUAACGGGGAGAAGAAAGCCAAAAGAUGAUGAGAACAUCUCUCUUUCCGAGAAUUGUAGUGCUAUUCUCCAAACGAAACUUCCUCCUAAGCUUAAGGAUCCUGGUGCUUUUACUAUCCCUUGUUCCAUUGGGCCGGUUGACAUUGGACGUGCUUUAUGUGAUUUAGGGGCAAGCAUCAAUUUGAUGCCCCUUUCAAUGAUGAAGAAGAUUGGAGGUGGAGAGCCAAAACCUACAAGAAUGACCCUCACUUUAGCUGUACAAGAAGAGCUAUACAAGAAGAGCUAA